AUGCUUGGACUGGUGUCGUAUGACAGCAGUAGCGAGGAUGAAGUAGAAGUCCCUGAGGUGAAACCCUCGUCCAAGGCAAAGGAUCAGGAUGGAGACACAAUACUUGAAGAAAGUACGAACCUAGAAAAAGAGGGACUCUCUACGGACCAUAUUGAUACACCACCAUUAGAGUCGAGACCUAUAAAUGGGCCUGUUCUUGGGCCAGAGCAGCCAACAGAGAUAGUCGGCCCUUUCAUAGAAGAACAAGAACCAGGCCAAUCCUCACCAUAUUCUGCCUCCCGAGCCCUGGUACAAGAUCUGACGCUGCCUCCCGUGCCUUACCUUGAGAUACCUCCAUCACCACCUGGAUCACCAGACCCGAUCGCAAGUGGGAAAACAACACAGUUUCUAGCAUUGAAGAAACAAGGUGUACAUUUCAAUGAAAAAUUGUCGGCUUCUUCUUCGUUGAAAAACCCGAGUCUGUUCCUCAAAUUACGUGAGCAUACGGGUAUCGAUGAUGAGAGUCAAUACGCAACAAGUCUUCCAUCGGAUAUAUGGGAUCACAGUUCACUGCCUGCUUGGGCAUAUAAAGAGGAGCUUUUGAAAAUGCAGCAGGCUAUACGCUCCAAGAUUGAAGAAGCGAAACAAGGAGACAAGAAUCGGACCAUUGACUUCGUGUCCUCUACGCGUCGUGAAUGA